AUUAAAACAUUUGGGUAAAUAGAUUGCAAGUUUGCAAUAAUGUAAUUCGACUAAAACAUGUUUUGAUCAUUUGUUUUUUGUUGUAUCAGGAGUGGGGUGGGUGACAUUCUGGCUAUGACAAAACAUGUAUUAUCCAACAGACUUGUAUUUUUAUUUAUUUUACACUUUUCAUGCCUUUUCCUCUGCUAUAUGACACAUUUUCAGCAGAAGCAUACUUACAAUCCAUCUACUCCAAAUGACCGAUUUCUGUUUCAUAAACAACCUCUCACUUUCGGACGAUGGGAACUGAUCCCCAAUCGAUUGAUCCUGAUCACAGCACGUAGCGGCUCCUCAUUGGAUGUUAGUGUGAUUGACUGAGGAGGAGAAGAGAGGGAGGCCGGGCGAAACCAUUUAUCAGCCAAUACUCCGACUGGAAAAUAUUUGAAGCUUAAAGAGCACUGCUAUGAAUCUAGAUUCGGAUUUCAAAGAGGAUUAUGGUCGUGUAGCUGAAUUAGAUGGUGCGAUUACAAAUAGGGGUAAUUUAGGAUUGGAUUAGCUCUAAUCACACGGUCAUCGGCGCUGAAUCCCCCCACAUCCCUGCGAAUAAACAGCAAACAGGCAAUUGGGAUGCGGGGAUGAUGUUUGUGACGCUGCGAUGGGUAGGCCCUACCUGCGAAGAUACCGAAAUUCAAACAAUAAUGACGAUCCGAUUUGAUUUUGAGUUGCUUUAGUCGUAUUUAUCGCUUCAUUUUGACAAUUUACUGAGCAAUGAUGUUCCUGCGGAGGCUUGUGCAGUUGUUGGUGCUGGUCGGACAGAGCGGAUGGUGGGGGGUUGCGCCGAGUCCCACCGAUGAGGGAGCAUACAGGACCGGCCACGGGGAGCACGGAGAGCCGGGACAUCAGGAGCCUCACAAGGACACCUACAGCACCUUCGCCUCCGAGUUCCUGGAGUCCAGACAUCUGUCCGAUGACGGUUAUCCAUUCCCCACAGCCCCACCAGUGGAUCCCUUUGCCAGGAUCAAAGUCACUGAUUGUGGAGUAACCAAAGGCUGCAUAAGAUAUGGAAAGCCAGGGUGUGAUGCAGAAACGUGCGACUAUUUUCUGAGUUAUCGCCGCAUCGGGACAGACGUGGAGUAUGAGAUGAGCGCAGACACAGAUGGCUGGGUGGCCGUAGGUUUCUCCUCUGACAAGAAAAUGGGAGGAGACGAUGUCAUGGGCUGUGUCCAUGACGAUAACGGACGUGUACGGAUUCAUCACUUCUACAAUGUCGGCCAGUGGGCCAAGGAGAUAAAGAGGAACCCUGCUAGAGAUGAAGAGGGCAUUUUUGAUAACAACCGGGUGACUUGCCGCUUCAAACGGCCGUUAUAUGUUCCAAGAGAGGAAACGCUUGUGGACUUACACCUGUCAUGGUAUUACCUGUUUGCAUGGGGACCUGCUAUACAAGGUUCCAUCACGAGGCAUGACAUCGACAAUCCGCCUGUCAGCGAUCGCAUGGUCAGCAUCUAUAAGUACGAGGACCUUUUCAUGCCUUCCACAGCCUACCAGACCUUCAAUUCUCCUCUCUGCUUACUGCUUAUUGUAGCCCUCACCUUCUACCUACUAAUGGGAACGCCAUAAGGAAGAACAGCAGAGCACAUAGUGGAAAAGAGAUGGAAGAAGAGAUGAAGCAGCAAUACAAAAAGGUCUGAUGCCACAUUCAAGUGUGAACUUUGCACAAAGAGACACUGUAUUAGAUAUGUUAAACUCUAAGGAGUCUAUAAUCAUAACUCUGAACUCAUAAACUGAAUUUUGCCAAAUUAUUAUACCUUUAUUGUAGAGGUGUCAUGUACUGGUGUCAGUACAAAACGAAAGGUUUGAGAGCAGUGUUAUAGUAAAAUUAGGUCAACUAUUUUCAGUAUUUAUAGCUUUCAAAUAUUUACAAAAGAGGACUAUAUACCACAAUAGAUAAAUCUCACAAGUCUACAAUAUAAAGCAUGCCCUGGGAAAUCUGAAAAUGAUUUCAAAAACCAGCUAUUCAAUGAGGAGACAGUACCUCAUGUUGGACUCAGGCUAAAAUGAGCUAAAUAAGGACAAAAGAAAACAAAUAGCUCACAGCCGUUUGCACAUUAUCUUCCUGUCUCUUUACCAUUGUAUGUUUAAAUGGACUUCAGGCUUUGGAAAAACAAAAAAAAGUGGUUUGUUGCUGUCACAAAAUAUAGUUUUCAAGGUUUUAUUUUGCAAAAGCGUUAUGUAUGGCACUCAUCUUUUCCUAAAAUGAACUUUAAGAUUGUUUUCUCUUUUAUGUCACCGUGGCUGUUGGGUUUGUUUAUCAGUACUGUGGAACUGUGACUGCUACACGAGUGCAAGCAAAAACAGUCUGAACUAGAGCAAACUGUGUAUUGAAAAGUUUGCAUGUACAUGGACUUAAUUCCCCCAAUCCCCGGGCGAUUAUUGUAGCGUUUUGAUGAGAAUAAAAAAAGGAUGAAUAUGUUAAAAUCCAUCCCACUGAAUCAAUCUGCCAUCGUUGUUCACUAUCAAUAAACCUUUGAAGAAUUAAGAAUACAUAUACUCAAGACAACACAGAUUGUGCUGUGCAUGAACAAAGAACUCUGUAAGUCAUACAAUAUAAGGGUAUAGAAAAUCAUUUUUAAUAGAAUUCAAAUUAAAUUAUAUCUAGGGAUGUAGAGGAUCAAUAUCCUGUUAUCUGUAUUUUAAAAUCUGGGGGCUUCUUCAACAUGUUUACUGUGUGUGCAAGUGUAGAAAUAGUCUUCCAGGGUAAUAGCAAACCUUUAACAUGUAGUUUAAAGACAAACAGAUGCCAUACAUGAACAAUCAAAUACAAUUAUCGUUUAUAUUACAUUCAACCACCAACAUUUCAAGGGCCCUGCUUUCUUGGCUUCAAUGCAAACAAUGUGUUUGCAACAUUUACCUGAAAAAAAAAAAACAUGUCAAUUUAAAUGUGUGUUGUUAAGACAAAUUGGGACUGUAUCCAUAUAAGUCAACUGUUGUCUUUUUUUUAACAAGGCCAAAUUAAAACACUUGUUCAUAAAA